UCAAUCUCGCCCCUUUCUCCCUACAGACCACAAUCUCUCUCUCCCCCUCUUUCGAUCUCUCUUUCGGGUGCCGUUUCUCUCUCUAGAUUUCUCCGAUGGGUUUUCCGGUGGGCUACUCCGAGCUGUUUCUGCCGAGGCUGCUGAUAAACGCGGCCUCAUUGCUGGGCUUCCUCAGGGGAAUCAUAGACUGGCUCCUCCGGUCGGUGGGUCUCGCGGGAUUUCUGGAGCCGGACCCGUCCUGGCCCGACUGCACCGACCAGCUGCCCGAAUUCCAGUCCAUGACCGCGGUGCUCAUCCGGGAGAUCCUCCCCGUGGUGAGGUUCGACGACAUGGUGGCUGCCGGAGACUGCGAGGGCGGCGAGAGCUGCGCCGUCUGCCUCUACGAGUUCGAGGCGGGGGACGAGAUCCGGCGCCUCACCAACUGCCGCCACAUAUUCCACCGCGCCUGCCUCGACCGGUGGAUGGACCACGACCAGAGGACCUGCCCACUCUGUCGGACCUGCUUCGUCGCCGAGGAGAUGCUCGAGGCCUUCAACGAGCGCCUCUGGGCAGCCGCCGGCAUCCCCGACUUCUACGGCGACUACUCCUCCCCCGCCUCCCCAACGCUUCAGAUGUAAAACCUUUACUGCUCCAGUCGGACCGAUUGUGUAUAUACAUUUGAGAAGAAGAAAUUCAAAUCCCUAUAAACAGUUA